AUGGAGAAAUAUCCCGCAUUAUUAGCAAUACUAUGUUUUAUCAGGGCAUCCUUACAGCAGGAACCCACAUUAUUGGAGGGGUCCGCAGGAUCUUGUGUUGACGAAUACGGGAAACCGGUGUUCUGCUACCCGCCAUUCAUUAGUGCCGCAGCGGGCCGUUUAGUAAACGCCUCAAAUACCUGUGGCAUUGCAAGAAGACAAAAAUUUUGUAUUCACAUGUCGAACGCGGCAAUGCCUAGCCGGUGUCAAUACUGUGAUGCAAGAAAUCCUAGCGAAAGUCAUGAUGCUAGCUUUAUGACAGAUAGGAAUCAAAAUAAUUGGUGGCAAUCUGAAACAAUGGAUGAGAACCCAAACCUUCAUUUUGAGAAACCAGUGACAUUAACAAUUGAUCUGGGUACGUUUGGUCUCGGUUAUUGGGUUUUAAUGCUUACAAUCAUGACUGAGAAUCCAGCUUUAUAUGUUUCCUGCCUUCGUCGACAAAACCACAUUGCUGCUGCCGGCCUUAAGGCGGAUAUUGUAGCAUUAUACGGUCCAACACUAUUGUUGAAUCUCUCAAAAAACGGUGCCUUUUGGCAAUCGCGCACCAAAUUCUACGUGAACUACGUGUACCUCCAGUUCAAGUCGCCGCGGCCUCACGCAAUGGUGAUUUACAAAAAGGUGGACGACGAAGCACCUUGGACGCCGUGGGCCUACUUCUCCAGCAACUGCUUAACAUACUUCAACAUGACCUACGAACCCAUGCCGACCUUCUCUCGGCCCGAUGAUGUCAUCUGCCGCGAGGAGUACUCUACCCUCCAGCCGCUUUACGACGGCGAGGUCGUCUUCUCCGUCAUCAACGGCCGACCCGGCACCGACGACUUCUUCCAUAAUCCUAUACUUCAGGAUUGGAGCACGGCUAGUCAAAUAAAAGUGGAGCUACAGAAGAUGCACACCUUCGGUGAUGAAGCUAAUGCGGAAAGUGACACCCUCUUGACCUACUAUUUCGCCAUUCGAAAGUUUACCGUCGGUGGUCGAUGCAUGUGCAACGGCCACGGUAACGACUGUCGCCCCGUGGGGAGUUACGGUCCAAACCCCAAGUUGGUGUGCGUCUGCGAUCCUGCCCACCACACCGCCGGCGACAACUGCGAGCGCUGCGCGCCCGGAUAUGUAGAUGCGCCUUGGCAUCAGGCUACACCCGACAAUCCUCACGCUUGCAAAGCCUGCGAGUGCAACGGCAACUCCGAACACUGUGAGUUCGACGAGGCCGAAUACCGGACAACGGGAUCGGGUGGGAUCUGCAUUGGUUGCGGCAACAACACGGUAGGAAAACACUGUGAGACCUGUCUACCUAGCCACUAUCCCGACCCCGACCGACCCUCCGUCUGUCUCCCCUGUGGUUGUGAUCCUAUGGGAACGCUGGAGGGUGGAGAGGAUAAGUGCUCCACCGACGGACAGUGCAAAUGCAAACCGGGCGUUGGGGGCAAACGCUGUGAUCACUGCCUUCCCGACCACCAUUCUUUCACCUCCAGUGGCUGCCAACCUUGUAAUUGCAACGCUGGUGGAAGCUUAAACAAUCAACCCCAAUGUGAUCCCUACACUGGUGAAUGCAAUUGUAAGGCCAAUGUCAUUGGCAGGAAGUGUGACAAAUGCAAACCGGGUACAUUUGGAAUGAUGGACAACGAUCCCCUUGGUUGCAAACAGUGCUUCUGUAGUGGCCACUCAUCAGAGUGUACACUGGGACGCGAGAUCAGUGGAAAUGUUGUACCAAUGGAAGAGAGCGAACUAAAAGCACUUGAGGAGGAGAAAAAGGCCAUUUUUAGCUGUCCCAAUGGAACUAUUCCCUGUUCCGUCUGCUUUAAACAGGACAAAAAGACUUUGGAUAUUGGGUGCACGCAAAACUACAAAGGAGAACUUGAAUGUCUCUGCCGAGAAAGACCAAAUGAUUGUCCAUUCUGUCCCAGUGGAGUGUGGCUUGAUCCUCAAAAAGAUAUCCGAAAGGAAAUUUGCCAAUGUCCACAAGGUUACACCGGUCCAAGUUGCGAACAGUGUGUACAGGGCUAUCGACGUGAGCCGAUCGGUGGUACUACCACAGCUAUAUGCAUCCCCUGCACCUGCAACAAUAACUCCGAAAUCUGCGACCCUGAAACAGGUAAAUGCGAAUGUCAGCACAAUACAGGUGGCCUCUUCUGCGAUCGCUGCGCCGAUGGUUACUAUGGCAACGCGUCUGCUCCCUCUGGCACCAAAGAUGCUUGCAAACCUUGUCCAUGUCCCCAUAGUGCCAAGUGUGUGGAAACAUUUCUCCCUCUGGACAAGCACGUCGUAGUUUGCGUUGACUGCCCAAAUAAUAUGACAGGUGAUCGUUGUGAAAGAUGCGCAGAGAACUUCUUUGGUGACCCCGUGAACGGAAUUCCCUGUCACCCCUGCGAUUGCUCAAAUAACACGGAUUUGCGAGCCACCGGCAACUGUGACCCCAAAACGGGGGUCUGCCAGAAGUGUCUAUUUGGAACUGCGGGCGAUCACUGCGAGAAGUGCCUGCUGGGUUAUCGGCGCAACGUAAAGAAGGCAGAGGAGGGCGCUCCGAUGGAGGGUAGUGGUGAGACGGAGACAACGUACGCGCGAGGCUGCCAACCCUGCUACUGCGACCCUCGGGGUACCCUCGCCAUGCCCGGAGUCGAGGGCACCCUCGGUAUUUGCGAUGAGGAGACCGGUCAGUGCCCAUGCAAACCUGGCGUCACUGGACUCCGCUGUGAUCGCUGCCGCGAUGGUUUCUAUGGUCUCGAAUCCGGCAAGGGCUGCACGGAGUGUGGCUGCAGUCCAAGGGGUUCCAAGGUGGAGUCGUGCGAACCCUACACGGGCCAGUGUAACUGCCUGCCCUUUACGACGGGUCGGACGUGUGAUGAGUGUUUGCCGGGCUACUUCAACCUCACCACGGGCGUGGGCUGUCAGGACUGCGGAUGUCACCCCUACGGAUCCACCCACCGCCAGUGCAACCCCAAUGGACAGUGUUCCUGCCGAUCAUUCGCCAUUGGGAAGAAGUGCGACCAGUGCGAGGAAAAUCGCUACGACCUCAGCGCGGGCUGUCUGCCCUGUCCGCCUUGCUAUGGCCUUGUGCAAAAACACGUCCACGAGCUGCAGAAGAAGCUAUCGGAAGUAUUUGGCAGCGGUGAUGGUCCCGAUCUUGAUGACAGCGGCGACACUUCCAAACUCUACGAGCAAAUGAAAAAGCUCAACAAAACCGUUCAAGAAGCCUACAAUGCUGUUUUGCAGAACAGUCUUGUCAGUUCUGCUAUCACAAAUGCCGAACAUCUGGAGGCUACGGCUGAAGAGCUCCUGAAACGUGCAUCAGACCUUACCAGGGAGUUGGAGGAAUACGCAAUGCAUAAGCCCUCAUGCAUGCGUCCGGAUCUACCGCAACGAUUGGACUCGUUGAAACGCAAUCUGGGCAAACUAGACGAGCGGAUCAAAACAGUGGGUCAACGAGAACUGGAUAGUUUCGCUGAGAAAGUGGGUGCCUCCGUAAAUAGAGACAGCACUCUGACCGAACAAGUGCACAAUGCAACCGAAACUGUCAAACCUCUCAAAGAAGAGGCUUCCAAACUGCGAAAGACAGUCCAAGAUAUUGACACAAUCCUUCGUUUUAUUGAAUUCGAUGCUGAUAAACUGGGGCAAAGUACUCACAAAGCUUUUGAACGACUCAAUUCGGAACUUAGCAGAUUGAAGGAAGUUAUGGCGGUCCAGAAGGGCUCUCUCAAAGGCAAGAUUGACCACGUGCAGUUCCUAACUUUGGAGCAACGUCAGCGAUUGACAAAACUAUUUGAUACUUUGAAGAAGGUGCCAGACGUGAGUGCUGAGCAGUCCAGGUUGGAAGAAAUCCUUGAGGACUGGACUGCAUCUCUCAAUAAGUCUCGCGAUUUGAAAAUAAUGCUUGAGACUGAGACGAGCGUGAUUGAGGAUCACAUUGAGAAAAUGCGGCGAGGUCGGGAUCGUCUGAUAGCCGCCCUGGCCAGACAGACGCCGGUGGCAGAGGAAAAGGCACGAAUUGUAGAGCGCCUCAAACACCUGCUCAAUAAAUCCGAAACAGCCGUUCAAACCGCCCGAAAGGCUGUGAGGGAUGCUAAGCAGCAACUAGAGGAUCUCACAGAUUUCGAUGCCUAUGUCGGCCGCACCAAACAGGAGUUGGAGGCGAUGAGUGUUAUUGGCACGGAGAUCAGCGAGGACCUCGAAAAAAUCGACAGACAGAUUCAAGGCAUCCAUGUUCAAGUUGAUGAUGCUCUCAAUGCAGCUCAAGUCUUACAGACAACUGUAGCUUUUUACGACGACAAAAUCAAGAAUCUGAAGGAUGAUGUGGUGAAGCAGAUUGAGGAGACAAAUGCGCUCAGCAAGAAGCAGGAGGAGGAGGACGACCUAUACAGCCAGGUGCAGUACGAGUUCAAGAGUAGUUCCGAUGUGUUAGACGCGGUAAGGCCGCAGGCAGAAGUGGUGGUCGAACUCGGCAAAAGGGCCAGCAACGAUGUUAGCCAACUGAGCAAGGACAUUGAUGCUCUGCUCAACAAAAUGAAGGAGUUGAAAGACAAAAUAACCAAAACAAGUCCGAACAAUGGCUACGAGGGCGACGGUGCAGCUCGCUUCAAGGAGAUAAAAGAGGAGGCAGAAAAUAUGAAGAUAGCCGAGAGGAUUGAUCACCUGCGCAAGAUAAACUUCUCCCGUGUAGCCGAAUUAGAGUACAUCCGAGACUACGAGCUGAAGGAGUUCGCUGCCAACACAAAGCACCUCAAGCGGCUGCUCGAGCUGCUGCCUAUGCUGAACCACCAGAGGUGCUUCUACUCCGGAAAACACAUUGAGGGCAGCCGUCGUAGGAAAAAGCGAUCUACCGACAACUCCACAGCUUCCGGUGCUGCUUUUGGUGUCUAA